AUGGCUGUGUCCAGUUCUGUUGGUAGUAAUAUUUUUGAUGUUUGUGUUGGGCUUCCAAUCCCAUGGUUAUUGUUUUUCAUUAUUGAGCCUCUUCGUAAUCCUGGCAGUGUUCAGGACUUUGUUUCUGUUUCAAGCAACGGGCUUGUGUGCAGUGUCGGUAUGCUCUUCAUCAUGCUGGUGGUUCUGGUCGCAUCGACCGCCUUAUCAAACUGGGAAAUGAAUAAAUUGUUCGGUGUGAUCAUGAUUAUAUCGUAUCUUGCAUUCUGUGUAUUUGCUGUCGCUCUCGAGAUGCGCUACUUCUCAUGUCCCCUUAAAAUUUGUUGA